GCGUGGUGGCGACUCUCCUCGGGUUGCCGGCUGCAGAAGGGCCGGGAGAGGCGAGGCUGUCGGUCUUCCGUUCGGUGGGUCGCUCUCGGCGCGGCCAUGUCGACCGUUUUCUACCUCCUCUCCACACUGAUCGGCUAUCUCCUCACCUCCGUUCUGCUGUUGAAGUUUCCCGGCUUGCUCCACCGGCGCAAACGCCACCGGUUUCGGUGCCGGCACAUCUCCCACCGCGGAGGUGCAGGAGAGAAUCUGGAGAAUACCAUGGCAGCGUUUCGUCAUGCCGUCAACGUGGGCACCGAUAUGUUGGAACUUGACUGCCAUUUGACCAAGGAUGAACAAGUGGUGGUUUUGCACGACGAGAAUCUGAAACAGUCAACCGGGGUGGACGUCAAUAUAUCAGACCUCAAAUACUCAGAACUCCCUCUGUAUCACUGCAAGUUGGAGGUCACAUUCCAGAAAGCAGCAACCAAAUUCUGCUUGUGUACAUCAGAAUGCCAUUGCGAAGGUGAAGACAAACGCAUCCCUCUCCUUCAAGAGGUGUUUGAGGCCUUUCCCCACACGCCGGUCAACAUUGACAUCAAAGUGAACAACGACCUGCUGAUUAAAAAGGUUUCCGAGUUGGUGAGCUCUUACAAACGAGAACAUUUGACGGUUUGGGGCAGCGUCAGCCAUGAGGUUGUGGAAAAGUGUCACAAGGAGAACUGCCACAUCCCCAUCCUUUUCUGCUUGCGCCGUGUCCUCCUUCUCCUCGGUCUCUUCUACACUGGCCUUCUUCCUUUCUUUCCGAUCAUGGAGGACUUCCUGGAGAUCCCCAUGCCUUCCAUCAUUCUCAAGCUGAAAGAAGUAGAGAAGAUUUCAAAGAGUGAGCGAUUCACCAUAUGGCUUAUUGACAUAUUACUAAUGAGGAAAACCUUAUUUGAUCAUCUUACUGCUCGAGGAAUUCAGGUCUACAUCUGGGUGCUGAACGAAGACCAGGAAUACAAGCGAGCCUUCGACCUGGGGGCCACCGGCGUGAUGACCGACUACCCCACCAAGCUGAAGGAAUUCCUCCACAACUAUCCGGCAUGAAGCCAGGCAGAGCUGCCCCCAUUGUUUUUCGGAGGAGGGAUCAGAAGAGAACCCAGCCGAACCCAAGGAGAGGAUCCACCCUCCCCAUGGAGUGGGUUUUUCUUUUUUUUACGGCCAACGUCCACCCGCCGUCGCACAAUGACCUCGUUCUUAAAAAGUCACGCCACGGCCCUCAAUGGCUGGGUUGACUCUCUCUCUCUCUCCCUCUCUCUCUCCUCCUUUGUAAAUAGCUUGGUUUGAGUGGUCAUCUCCUCACCUUAGAGACCUGGAAAUCCCUUUUGGGGGGGAGACCACGUGAAAAGCUGAGGUUGGUGGUGGGACGUGACCUCUCGGGGCGUCCACCGGAGUUUUUCCAGCCGAGCCGUUAAAGUGUUGAAAGACGUUGCGAUGACACCCCCUCGAACUUCUCUGUGAGUGGGAAAGCGACGAGCAACAGUCACCUGAGACGACCACUCUAAAUAGGGGGUCUGUGGCCAGUAAAGUCCUCCUUGGAUAUAUCGCAGGUGGCUUCCUGUGGAGAACAACUCUUGUUGUGUUUUUGUCGAAUUAGUAGCUGUGCCUAGUGAGAGGGCAGGAUCUUCCAAGCACUAAUACAUUAUUAGACGUGGAGUGUCCAACCGUGGCAACUUUAAGACUGGUGGACUUCAAUUCCCAGAAUUCCCCAGCCAGCAUGGCUGGCUGGGGAAUUCUGGGAUUUGAAGGCCACCGGUCUUAACAGUGGCCAAAACCGGACAGCCUUCCAUUAUUAGAGACUUCCUACAUCCGUGUGCUUGUUCGAAUCUCAAAUCGAGAAUGGUUAUCCCUCAACCUUGGCUAC